AGCAAUUACUCGUUUACUUACGACGUUGUUCUUACCCGUCAAGUCGCAGUCUAAUUUCGAGCCUCAAACGGUUAGAAGCGUAUUUAAUAUCGUUACGGACGUUUGCCAAUCGAUUUUCCAGUUUACACGAGAAUAAAGUCGUAGCUAACAACGGAAAGUGAAACUGACCAGAACAUAGUGAACUUGUUUAUCAUAAAAUUGGAAGAAUUCCGUUUAUCCCGGCCGGAGAGAUACUAGUAUCUAUCGAAAGUGGUUAUUUUGCAUAUUUGAAUUAUUGAAAAAAUGUCCGCCAAAAAGAUUCCGCGUCGCCAGGCUAUUCCCAUCCUAUAUACCCGUGGGACCCACUAUGACGUCGGUUUCGACAUGGGACGAACCUUUGGCUCAAUGAUCAGGAGCUUUCUAGAAUUAUGUGGCCCACUGAAUGAGACUUAUUUGCCGCUAUAUGAUCAACCGGAAGGAAGGGAAAUUUAUAAUCAAACUUUGGAAAGUGUGAAGAGAUCAUUUCCACAGUACAUUCGUGAGCUUGAAGGAGUCGCAGAUGGAGCACAAGUGGAAUUUCAUAAACUUUUCCUCCUGCAUAUGGACGACAUCACCCCGAUAGCCCUCGGACAGGAGAACUUAAUUCCGGCUGCGCCAGUUGGUUGUUCCGAUAUUAUUGUCAAUAAUGAUAGCUUUCGUAUAUUGGGCCAUACAGAAGAUGCCUUAUCAGCACAAUUGAACCACUACUACUUCGUUGUUGCGGACAUUAUCAGCGAUACACCUCAAGGGAAGUAUAACGUGAAGGAAGAGAAAUUCAUGUCAUUAUGUUAUGCUGGACACUUGCCUGGUUAUACGAUGAAUUUCAACCGCCAUGGACUGGUGUUCUCAAUCAACACCUUAUCGGCGGCUAAUUUACGAAGUGGUAAAACGCCUCGCCAUUUUAUUACACGAGCGCUACUAUCAGCCCAGAAUUAUGAUCAGGCAGUAACCAUUUUAAGAGACAGUGGCGUAGGAGCUGGGGACGGAUGCUCAAUAAAUAUGACCUUUUUGAACAAUAAUGAUCCGUUCACCUUCUACAACAUUGAGAUGGGCCCAGUAGAGCAAGGAGCGAACGAGUCGCCAUUAGAUAUCAAAGUUAUUAACAACAACGAACACAACUUCCACUGCAACAGUUACUUACGACUACCGGUCAAAGAAGUUGGAGGUGCCAUAGUGGAUUCAAGUGUGGCCAGAAUGGAGACCUUCAGCUCGUACCAGCCUCCAAAAACCAAAGAGGACGUAAUCAAGUUAUUGGGAGACCAAACCAAUCCACCUCAUACAGUAUUCCGGGAGAAUGGAGACGUUGACGAGUAUGUAAAGACCAUCGCCUUGGGAGUAUUUGAUUGCAUAAAUAAGACGUGCACGCUGUACUCUGAUAACCCAACUACCAAUGAGCCUUUGGCGGUUAUAUCCAUGCAACUAUGAAAGGAUGUAUCUUGCUUGUCACACUAGACGCUUCACAGGAAUUCAACAAGGUUUCCUGGAGAAUAUAUUAUAUAUGUUGCCUAUGUAUACGAUAAAUGUGUAAAACAUUCAUGUGAAUGUUCGUGCCUUCUAAAUAAAUUAUUCUUAUUUAUUUUGUGUUACCUAAAUAGUCGUAAAUGUCUUGUAGGUUUGGGAAUAAAUGUUAUCAUGGAAUACAAAACGAAAUCCGAUUCUGUUA